GGGAAUAUACGGGGCGCGACUGUUCAGUACGCGCCGCAGUUCUGAUUCAAACUCCGGGCCGUUAACAGUACCUAAACACGCUGUGAGUUGCUAGAACUCGCGGAGCGGGCGCGUGGUGCAUCCAUAUCAUACAUUGCUGUGAGGAAGAACUUCAGGGAUUUUGUAACAAUUAACCCCCACGCCACAAUUCCCAUGAUCAGUUCGAGCUAAAACAGCCACCAAAAUAAGCACAAAAAUGACAAAGGGUGAUCCCCUGCUAGUCCGCUACAAGGACUCCGUCUACGACUUGUCCGACUUUGCCCACAAACAUCCCGGAGGGCUGAACACCCUCAAAGGGCUGCACCAGCAGGACAUGCAGGAACGGUUCGAAAAGGCACCGGGCCACUCGGAUGCCGCUAAAUACCUUAUGAAGGAGUACAAAGUCUGUGAUAAGAACAAUAACGCGUUAAUCAGUAAUGGCAAAGUGAACGGGUACGUGAAUGGGGUCAAAAAUGGAAUGAACGGAACGAAACAGGCCAAUGGAGCUAUUCCUCAGACCACAGAUGACAGCAUGGAGCACCUCGUAGACUGGACCAAACCGAUGCUGGUACAGAUACCAACCCUUAGGCAGAACUACGUCGAAUGGGUGAACAAACCGGUUGACCGAGAACUGCGCCUGUUCGGACCCGCCUUGUUGGAGAACCUCACCAAGACGCCCUGGUGGUUGGUACCCGCCUUUUGGAUCCCCGCCAUCUGCUACAUCAUCCACUUGGGCGUGAGAUACAACCUACCAAAGCGGCCCGAAGACCUAACCCUCGGGGACCACCUCUCACCGACCGUGUUCGGUUGCUUAGCUUUCGGCGUGUUCAUCUGGACCCUGCUGGAGUACUCGCUGCACCGGUGGGUGUUUCACCUGGACCCGAAGGAUAACCGAUUCCUUCACGUGUUCCAUUUCCUGUUGCACGGCCUCCACCACAAGGUCCCCUUCGAUCCGUAUCGGUUGGUGUUCCCGCCAGUUCCGGCAGUGCUACUGGCCACGUUCUUCUAUCAACCGGUACGGUUGCUACUUCCCUACCCGCAGCUGAUGUUGGCCGGUGGAUUGAUAGGAUACCUCGCGUACGAUAUGAUUCAUUACUACAUUCAUUACGGAAGCCCGAAUGGAGGGCACUUGUACCAUAUGAAGCGAUAUCACUAUCAGCAUCACUUUGUGCAUCAUGAUCUAGGCUUCGGCAUCAGCAGUACCAUGUGGGACAAGAUUUUCGGCACACCAAUCCUUCUGCGAAAGUUGAAAUAUCUUCUCAAGUGGUAGCGAUCUUCACUGGUGGUGAUAUCUAGCCUUCGAAGUAAGCAAUGCGAGUGAACGGGUUUGUUAUGUUCAAGUCAUGCAGCAGCAGCACCAAAUAAAAGUAACAUGAAGUGUACUUACCUACAUACUUAACGCUACUAGACUAAGAAAAGAUUUGUUGUCCAACGAGAGAACGGAAGUGCUUUCUAGCAAUAAAUAAAAAUGUUGUACAGUAUAAAAUAAAUGUAUUUCGUUCAUAA